ACACAGCAAAUGCAGUCUGUUACCGUUUCGUCUUUAUGCCUGAAACUUUUUUUGCCCCAAUGCAACCUCCUUUCCUUUCCACCCUAGCUUAGUCCCACAUUUUUUUUUACCUUUAUAAUUCUUUAACCUUUUUCUAAAGCUGCUGCGCUUUUUUUUUUACAUAUUGAAUUCUCGCUCACAAGGGCUUUCUUGACAUUUUACAUAUUACAUAUUCUCAUUCUCUCUCUAUAUAUAGAUACCUUCACAGUGUUCACAUAUCCUCAACAUCUCUCUCUGAAUCAUAUUUACUUGGGUUUUUUUUGACAGAAAAAAAGAGAAUGGCUCAUUCAAAGCAUCCAUUGGCUUUUAUUUCUCUGGCUACCUUUAUGUUGCUUCUUUCUUGUCCUCUUUGUAUAGAGUCGAGAACCCAUGGAAGAGACCAGCAGUACCACAGGCAGGCAGCGAGUGGCGGUCAGGGAACGUGGUGCAUUGCUAAGCCAUCAACAGAAGAGGCAAAGCUUUUCCGCAAUAUUGAUUUUAGCUGUGCACAAAAUGGAGUGGACUGCGGGCCAAUUCAACUAGGUGGAAGUUGUUUCCUUCCAAACACAUUCAUUUCACAUGCCUCUUAUGCAAUGAAUCUCUUCUAUAAGGCAGCAGGAAAGCAUCCUUGGAAUUGUCAUUUUAAUGGCACUGGUGUCACUGUUACUCAGGACCCUUAGAGCUUGAAACGAGCAGAGAUGAUGAGAUGAUGAUCGAUCUGCUGCUGAAAAGUUAACCAUAUCAGAGGCUUUUUUUUUUUUUUUUUAAUCUUUGUUUUGUUUAUGAUGUCCCACUCUUAUGCAUAACGAGAAAAUAACUUGUCCCAUUUUGCAAACGACAAUGCUUUCUCAAUAUUGACUCUUCUUCCCGACAUUUGUAGAAAAAAAAAAAAUGCAAGGAUCAGUAAUAGCAAAUUUCAUGAGGUUAAUAAA